GAGCCUGGACGAACUGUUUGAGGAUGUGUGAAGAACCGAGAGCUGAGGAACACACACACACACACACACACACACACACACACGCACACACACACACACACACGCACGCACGCACACACACGCCCUUUCUGGUCGGAGAGAGAUGGAGACGGCAGCAAAGAGUGAAGAUGUGAGGUGGAUGAGAGGAAUGAAGACGAAGAGCUGCACAGACAUGUGGGACUGAGUUGCUGGUUCACAUCGGUCGGAGAAGUUUGAAGGAGUGUUGCUCUCAUGGCAGGACCCGCCCCGCAGGAGCCCGUCAAGACCCAGCAGAAGUGCAUCGCCACGCUGGCCCUCUUCUGCUGCUCUGCUGUGCUGAUGGUGCUCAUCUUCUCCUCCGUGGACAUCUGGGGGGACAGCGAGGAUGGGAUCACGGAGGAAAACUGCAGCAGAGACUGCAGGAUUGUGCUGGCGGAGAACAUCCCAGACGACCUCUCUCUCCACGUGGACGGCAGGCAUCACAUUCCUCUUUCUGUCGGCUUCCACUCACUCCUAGAACAAGCAAAGCUCUCGGUGGAGGUGGUGUCGUCUGUCUGGGAUUUAAAUGCUUGGGAUCUGGAGCCAACACCCGGCACUGCAGCACAGGGUCAGCUUCUGUUCCAGAGACUGCUCCGGCUGAAAUCUCGUGGGGUUAAGCUGAAGAUCGCCAGCAGUCUGACAAACUCUUCCGAGCUUAAAGCCCUGGCAGCACACAAUGCCCAGGUUCGUUUUGUCAAUAUGACAGCUCUCACCAAAGGAGGCCUCCACUCCUCAUUCUGGAUAGUAGACCGGACGCACAUUUACAUCGGAAGCGCUGAAAUGGACUGGAGGUCCCUGUCCAAGAGGAAAGAACUUGGAGUGGUGGUGUAUAACUGCAGCUGUCUCGCUCUGGACCUCCACAGAGUUUUUUCAUUUUACUGGCAGCUUCAUGACAGGGACUAUAUCCCCUCCAUCUGGUCGAAGAGAGUUACAGCCCUCUACGGGAAGCAUGAGGCCCUGGAGCUGCAGCUCAAUACCACACCGGCUACCGCUUAUCUGUCUACCUCCCCUGAACACUUCUGUCCCAAAGAUCGUACAAGAGAUUUAGACGCUAUCCAUCAAGUCAUACAGAGCGCAAAGACGUUUAUCUUCAUUUCUGUGACCGAUUAUCUUCCUCUGGUCAAAAGGAGUUUCAGAGGCACUUCAGUCACGAGGUAUUGGUCGCCUAUCGAUGAGCUGAUCAGAGAAGCUGUGGUGCUCAGAGGAGUCAAGGUCCGCCUGCUCAUAAGCUUCUGGAAGAAGACUCACCCCCUCACCUUUAACUUUGUGACCUCGCUCAAGACUCUGUGCAUGCAGCUUCACAACUGUUCCCUGGAGGUGAGGUUUUUCAGUCACAAGGAGCAGAAAGAGGACUUUCAACUGGGUCUUAACCACAACAAGUACAUGGUGACCGACAACGCUGUCUACCUCGGAACCCACGACUGGGUCGGGAGCGACUUUGCAAAAAAUGCAGGAGUGGGACUGGUCGUCAGAAUGAAAGACAGCACCAAAGACACCGACGCAACAAUCCUAGAGCAUAUUAAAGCUUCGUUUGAGAGAGACUGGAGGUCACGUUACGCCAAGAACCUACAAAAAAGCAAGGAUCAGCAGGGGAAAUAUAGACUCUUGCAGUGGUCUAAAAGUCAAUGGGAAACCAAGGAGGAAAAGGAGUGGAACAACCCUUUAUGAGCACAUAAUUCUGCUACUACAUCUUUAUGCUGCUGUCUUUGCCUGAGUACUGCAGAUUCUGCAAACAUGUGCACAGAUGAAAGUGUAUAAUCAGACUAAUUAACCUAAAUCUGAAUUUGCAACAUUAAUCUGAAAUAUUAAUCAAAAUAUUGUUUUGACUCAGCUGCAAAAUACACCAGUGGUAACUAUAUAUACUCAGUGAGCUGUGAUGAGCGCAUGCACCUACUACUGCAUGACCAAUGCAACCAAUAUUCAACUGCACUCUAUAUGCAAGCAACAUCAUAGCAAAAAUAUGUGCUGUUUGUGAAAUCUACUUACCACAUCCUUCAGUUUUCCUUAAUGAUGCAUUAUUUUUCUCCUGUAGAUUAAGUUUACAAAUUAUUUGUGCGAUCAAAGAAUGAAUUAGUUUUAAUUUAACAGUAAAGAACUUGUUACUGUUACUCAGAGGCGCUUUAUUCAGUGUGAAUCAUCUGAUUGAAAAUGCGUCAUUUUUUUUCCAGUUGGUGCAGAGCUCUGCAGGAGUAUUAACAUGUUUACACACAUUAUAACCCAACGGGAGCAUCAUGGCCAUGGACUUGAGCAUGAGGUAUAAUGGUCAGUGUCUUUUUUUGCCGGUUCAGAAAAUUGACAAUUUGCUGUAAGUGAAAGAAUCAUGAAUUCUGUUCUCAACCAGAAAAAUCCUGAAGGAAGACUUCUGGACAUGACCUUCAGGUCACACAAACAUUUUCACAUGAUGCCACUUUGGUUUGCACACGCGUUUUCCCGUAUUAAACGAAAUCAUAAUUUUAAAGCUG